AGUAUCUAACUAUGUUUUCUUUCUUUUAGAUUGUGUUCUUGGAACAAUCUGAUCAGCAAGAGCAACUGGCUAAGAAGUGGGGGUUCAGAACAUCUGACAUAAGAGAACUGAGUAACUAUGAAUUCUUCAUGCCAGGAAUGGUUGAUACACACAUUCAUGCCCCUCAGUAUUCAUUUACUGGUACAAGAGUAGAUCUACCUCUUCUUCAGUGGUUAACUACUUACACAUUCCCAACAGAAGCCAAAUAUAAAGACAGUGAUUUUGCAGAAGAAGUCUACACCAGAGUUGUUAGACGAACUCUAAAGAAUGGCACGACUACAGCUUGCUACUUUGCAACAAUUUACACAGAUACUUCUCUUCUUCUUGCUGAAAUUUUAGAUAAAUUUGGUCAACGAGCAUUUGUUGGAAAAGUUUGCAUGGAUGUGAAUGACAGUGUGCCACAAUACAAAGAAAUUACUGCUGACUCUGUCCAAGAGACAGAAAGGUUUGUUAAAGAACUACUGGAAAAGAAAUAUCCGAGGGUACAGCCUAUAAUAACCCCCCGCUUUGGCCCUUCCUGCACAGAGGAUUUGCUGCAUGCACUUGGCAAUUUAGCACAGGCACAUGAUCUCCAUGUGCAGAGUCACAUAAGUGAGAAUGAAGAAGAAGUCAAAGUUGUGGAGAACAUGUUUCCGGCCUACCAGAAUUACACUGAAUUGUAUGAUAAAAACAAGCUGCUUACCAGUAAGACAGUGAUGGCUCAUGCCUGUCACCUUUCUGAAGAAGAGCUGAAACUUUUUAGUCUUCGUGGAGCUGCAAUUUCACAUUGCCCCAGUUCUAACUUUUCGUUGUGCAGCGGUAUAUUAAAUGUGCAAAUGGUCCUGAAACACGACGUGAAGCUUGGCCUUGGCACAGAUGUUGCUGGUGGAUAUUCAGCUUCUAUGCUUGAUGCCAUCAGGAAAACUCUGAUAGCAUCUAAUAGCCUUGAGAUCAAUAAGGUGAAUGAAACAGGACUAACUCUUAAAGAAGCUUUUCAACUAGCCACUCUAGGAGGAAGCCAAGCUCUAGGACUAGAUGAUGUGAUUGGAAACUUUGAGGUCGGCAAAGAAUUUGAUGCACUGCUAAUCAACACGAAGGCUUCAGACAGCCCUUUUGACUUGUUCUCUGCUGAUAAUUUUGAGGACACUGUCCAGAAGUUCCUGUAUCUAGGUGAUGAUCGGAAUAUUUCUGAAGUGUAUGUGGCUGGAAAGCAAGUGGUUCCUUUUUCAAGUUCAGUAUAAAUCCGUUUCCCUUUCGCAAAAUACUCUGCUGAACAUUCUGCAUCUGAUUUGGAAAAGAUUUCUUAAACACAGUGCCUGAUCAUCAGGAAUGACACCUCAUUUUUUGUUUAAUGUUUUAAAACUUGCAAACAUUAGAAAUUUUGUUAGACCGUUCAAGAAUUACUUUAACAAAAUUGUCAGAGUUCUAGAGGAAAUGGAUAUUCAAAAUUUAUCUGUAAAAAUAGCAUGUGUGCAUUGAUAGGGGAUUUGGUAAAUACCUUAAUUAAAGAGGACGCCUGCUAUUCCUUUUAAUAAUACUGUAGGAAGCAUUACAAAGAGAAGUGAGACUCUCAUUGUUUAUAAUGCCUCUGAAUUUAAAAAAAAAACAGUGCUAGUAAAUUGAUUUUGCAGAUAAUUUGUAUCAUGGAAGAAUGCAAUUUCCAUAAUAUUAUCACCAAAUAUGGAAAAAUCAGUGACCUUUUGGGGCAUUUAGAACAUUUUCCAGUUUUCUUUAGGAGCUUAUUUUUUUAAAAGUAAUUAUUUCAUUUAAACCAUUUUUUUUUAAGAUAAAUUAGGUAAGAAGCGUGUAUUUAUAAAUAAAUAAGGGUCCUUAUUAUCAAAGAGUUCAGAUUUGUCAUUCAUAGUUAGACAGAAAGAAACAUGUUAAAUUAGAAGCAGGCACUAAGAUACCUGAGCAGGCUACUCAAUGACAAACAAAUGAAGAGGUUUUUCUGGACUAGAAGGAGUGCUUCGUCUAGUUCAGCCUCCUGCAGAACUUUUCCCAAGCUCAUUUGCUCCUGACUGUUCAGACAGGACCAUACGAUGUCCCUUCUCCUUUCUGUAAGGGAAGUGAGUAGGUUUAUAGAAACAUCCAAGAGAAACAGGCUAUUUGUGGCCUUUACCACCUUUUACUUGAGGUGGAAAUCAUCACUGGAAAAAGCAGCUCAGCUUUAACGUGCUCUUUUGCGUCUUUCAACGUGGCAACCAUAAUUCCAGCGCUGUACAAUUCAAAGUAAAAAAUAUGCCCUUUUUGUUUUGGAAAUCUCUGUGAUUUCCUUUCUUAAAAAGCGUAUUUUCCUACUUUUUUUCAGAGACUUUUUCUCUUUUUUUUUUUUCGAGAUUAGUCUGAGGAGGGGGUUGCUUCUUGUUUCUUUAUUAUGUUUUUGCAAAACAAAGGCUGUAAGCUUUAAUUUCAGUGUCAAUAGAGACAAUAUGGUAUUGAGUUACUAUAAACAUGCGUUAAAUAUGGUUUUAAGGCCUGCUUCAAACUCCUUUGAUUUCCUAAGCUUUGUUUCACACUCUCAUUCCACUGCCUGGCAACAUAAAGGCAUAGGACUUCCCUCUGUUCACAAAACAAGGGGGGUCACUGCACCCAAGUCUCACUUUAUGUCUACUUCUGAGAGAGCGCUUGGCCCAACGUCGCUGAUAACUUUCUGAUUUUAAAAGCAUUUUCAGAGUUCACAUACCAUUAUGCUUACGCCUACGUGAGCCAGGAUAGCGUCGAGUGGAAGUGUAAAAGCUUGCUUGGGCACUUAAAGCAGUACAGCCUUUUCAGUGUGGUUUUUUUUUUGCCAAAGCUGAGCAGCCCCACGGAACAGCGGUGGGGGGGUUUGGGGGGUACAUGGGCUUGCAGACACCACCCGCGUGCAGCUGCGCGCUUGUGCAUUGAGAGCCAGCUCAGGUGUCCUCGUCGCAGGGCUCUGACUGCGCUGUGCCCUGUGCUGGCGGAGGCACAGCCUUCCUACCCAUCACGUUCAAUGAUUCCUAAGGCUUUAGGAGUCAAGAUUUAAGGAUAAGGUUUCCACAUUCCAUCAGGGUGGUUUCUUAACCAUUUUGUUUUUCAUGUGUCCCAGUCACCUACACAGUCGCACACUUGAUUGGCAAAUACAAUCUUCAGCUUUUUAACUUGGUUUCCUGAUUCAGGGAGCGUUUUUCCUCAUGAAUUUUGACAUGAAUUUAAUUGACCAAAUUUCAUGUUCCAAAACCAAAGAUCUGUGAGACACGUUUUAAUCUCCCCAGUUACUGUUUGAAACUAUUUUUAGGGAGUUUCAUGGUUUUCAGCUUUGGCUCUCCUGCAGGAAUGUUUUCUGGGGCGGAGAAAGAUUACACAGCCUUGUGUACAAUGUAUGUUUGUACCCUACUUCACUUCCAGAGCUAUGAAUUACAUCAGUGCUUUUAUUUCAGUUGUGGUCUUAACUGUCUCAGACUUCAUUGUUCUCUCACUAUUUUGUAGUGUUGUUAAGAAUGGGAUUCAGCAUUUCUCCUUAAAAGAUUUGCAGGGGAGAAGGGGUUGCUUAUUUGCAGACUGGGAAUACAGAAAAACUUCAGCAAGUUCAACACUAUACCACUGGCCCAGUUACAAAGGGACUCCUUAGGAUAACUGCUGCGAAUGAGCUUUGUAUCUGAAUAUUGGCUGUGUCAUAAGCAGUUUGAUUCUUGUUAAAUUCAGACACAAGGUAGGAACUCAGCCUUUUGAUUAUAGCUUUACUAGUGUCUAGUACCCAGACACUACCCAGACUCAGAAAUGGAGAAUCCAAUUUUUAAGAAUCUCAGCUGGAGGAGGAGCUCUGCCUGCUGGUAGUGCCAUGGGCUGACUGCAGCACCCUGCAAUGCCCAAGACCAGGGGAAGCGAGGACCAAGAUCGAUAGCGUUACACUAAAUGCUGAGGUGCUUCGGGGUAAAGGAAAGAAGCCUGAAUUUGAUAUGAGAGGAAGGCAGUGGAGGAAUUAAUAUAACAAAAAAACUGGGAGGUACCUUCAACAACAGUAUCUUAAAUAGAAUUGAAUGGAUAAAGGCUGUAAUGUCAGAAAAAAAGUCAAAGUGGUGUCCUCUGAGGUAGUCCCAAAUGCUUGUUCAGUGGAAGACGGCUUGCGUGCAAAAAUUUUAAGGUUUUAGGAGAUACAGAAGAUGUAGUAGCCAAAUGUCUCUGAAGCAAUUUUGGGAAAGUCACUGAGGAUCCCACUGUGAAGUUUCGGCCCUUGGGACUCUCUGGCUGUAUGUAGAUUGCCAAGAUACUUGGUGCAGUAAGGGAGGGUCAGUAGAUGAAAGCAGUUACUGCCGAGACUUAUACAUCUACACUAUAUGCAGCUUAAGACUACAUGUAGUCUCUUUCCUUGGACAGAUGUCCGCACUGCAUAUGCAGUUUGAAGCAGGCCAAAUAAUUGGUUCAGACUCUUAGUGUCUCUUUUAGAGGCUGGAGUAUAUUUGGCAUGCAGCUAGGCUCCAAUGUAGUUUCCUCCAAAAUAAACUUAAUCCUUGUGUACCAAAACCACCCUGCAAACUGAACCAAGUUUCAGUAAGGGAGGAUGAUUAGCAAUUCACUUCAGAACAGCACUACUGUCUCAGACCAAAAUGCUAAUGGAGGCUAGGACUUGGACUGUUCCCCCUCCAUCCUCAUUGUCACAGAACUUAGUAGCUGAAGACAAACUAAAGCAAUUGUCCUUCCCUCUUCCCCCCCUAAAAAAAAAAAAAAAAAAAAAAAAAAAAAAAAAAAAAAAGUUAAAGUUAAAGUUAAGCAACCAGACACUAAGGGGAGAUGAGUAAGUGGAAGAAAAGAAAGAAAGAAAGGGAUAAUUUUCAGUCAGUAUAAAUUGACACCGUGCUACUGACAUAAGAUAAAACCUCUGGGAAAAUGUACACACAACUGUUUCCAGAUGUCACUCCCCAUUAGUUCUCUUGCGAGAUUGUGGAUGAGAUCUUUGUUUCUUAAUGUGUCUUUGUGUUCAAUGUUAGUGCACCAUUCAGACAAAGAAAAAAAAGGGUAGUUUGUAGAAAGCUUGCUUGUUGGGACAAUAUGCUUAAUGUGUUCUAUGUUCAGGUGAGCACUUACUUAUAAAUGGAAUGUAUUUGAAUUACUGUUAUAUGUUGAUCUCGUGUCACUUCAGGUUUUGGAAAUUAAUAAAAUGCUAGUAAGUAUUGCCUAUGCAUUACGCAGCAUUAUAUGAAUUAGUCAUGUGUGGCAAGUGGAGUUCUGCACUUUAAGAUGUUGCCUUGGCCUAAUGUUUAUAUUUAUUCUGUGUUUUUUGUGCAAUCAGAAAGCUUUGUAGGGGAAAAAAAUGUGUAUUUGUUCACUGUACUGAACAUUUUCAGUAUUGUAAGUGCACUUCCUGUUAGAAAAGAAACGUUAAAAUGACCCUGUUUAAAAGUCUGUGCCUGAUUAUACACUCAUGAAUGAAAAAGUUAUAAUGGUUUUAUGAAAGCUGACAUGAGUAGUAAUAUUUUAAUUUAAAAAUAUUUACAGAGAAAUAGAUUUUUUAAAUUUUAAUUGUGAUUAUGCAAUGCAGAUUAGCAAAAGAUAAUAAUUCCUGCUAAGUAUCUACUGUUCUACUAAGCAAAAGAGACUGCAACUAUUCUUGAUUAUACAUUUAAAAAUAAAAUGAAAGUCCUGAAAAAUAAAAGGCCCAAGUUCAAAGAAUAUCCCAGUUUUAAAAGGAAAAGGUAUCAACAAUAUUGCUCAGAAAAGAUGUUUAAAAAUAUUGUUUUAAGCAUUUCCAGGAACAAUCCAAAACAGAUGAUAAGGUGGACAGCUUUUAAAAUACUGGGUUUGUAUGAAUAAACGGUGCUGCCUUACCUGCAGCCCUGUGUGUAGCAGUGGUCAACUCAUCUCUAAAAUGAUAGUGUACAAGUAGAAGAUUUUUUUUAAAAAAGCCAAGGAAUUUUUAAAAUUUGUGAAAGAGCUGGGGAAAAAACAAGGAUUCGAGAAGAAAUUUGAAAAGGGUGGUAGCAGAAUACAAAACAAUGCAAAGUAGAAAGAAGCUAAAUCAGAGGACCUCAUAAAAACAAGAUGAAGUGUCAGUGAAGUUUUAGGUGGGAAACACUCAGAAGAUACAUUCUCUGUCAGUGUUCUUUUAAAUCAUGGACCUCAUUCCUUCUGAAAGUCAUUGAGGCCCAACAACUGAGCAGAUUUCCAAAUCAGUUACUUACAUGCUUAAUAAUACAAGCCCAAAUAAUCGUAGCUAAUCAUAGCAUAAUUAUAUAACACUUUUCAACUCUUAACCUCUACUUCAAGAUUUAAAUCAAAAUUACCUGUAACAACUCCAGAAGAAACCUGGUGCAAGGGCACGCUAUGCUUUAUCUCCACAUGUCCUAUGAAACAUUUGGCAUUGGCCAGGUCAGAGACUUAACUAGCCUGGUCCCAGGGAAGAAUCUCUGCUCCUGCAUGUCCCAAAGAUCAUCCCCUGUUGUGUGCCUGGUGGCGUGGUGGUGACUGAGCCCGACACAGGGAAGACAAGCAUCUGGUGUGACUAGAGUAACUGAAGAUGAGCUGUUUUAAAAAUCAGAUUGCUUUGAAGUUAAGCACACUGCAGAGAGCACAGCACAUUUUAAAUUACACGGGCAUAUACCUAACAGUGAACUUGUAGGUACUAGGAACUUUGGCUUAAAGUUGGGGGAUUGUUCUAGACCCUUGUAUGUGCAACAACUUGUGCUUCUCUCAACAGAGGAGCCAGCAAAUGACAUCUGCAAGACUCUCUGUACAAAAACACAACAGCAAUAAAAACAGUUCUUGGGAAGCCAAAAGAACAUCAACAACAUCAACAACAAUCUGUUGUGUAAAGUUGAUAGAACUGUUAAUUUUUCUUGAAAGGCUGAGCAGUGUUUCUGGAGUGUAGUUUCCAGGAAAUGUUAGUGGAAAUUCUUUCUUGGAAAAUGCCUUGAAUCGUAGUGUGCUCCAGCCAGUGAGGUCCCCUGUGGCUUCUGCAGAGGCAGUCACUUCUGUAGAAGUGCAUGCAAUAGUCAUGCCUGGACUCACACUCCUUCCCCUGGUAAGGACUCUGAAGUGUGUAUUCACUUUAAUUCUGG